AUGUAUCCUCUAAGUUCCCAAAAGAAAUAUUGGACUUUUUCAAGUCCAGAACAGUUGAAUGAAUUGCGACUGAAACGGAAUCAAAAAUUCAUUGAAACUCAUGGAGCACAUAUGGAUGAUCAACAACGUAUGGAAUUCUUUUUGGAUGCCAAUGAGGAACAUUUGUUGCUGAAACAAUAUGAAAUCUAUUUAAAUGAUUUUUGUCGUCGCUUCGAACCAAUGAUGCCGAAAUGUGUCGUCGGAACAGCUAUACAUUAUUUCAAACGUUUCUUUUUGCACAACUCCCCAAUGGAUUACCAUCCCAAGGAAAUUUUAGCAACUUGUGUUUACUUGGCUUGCAAAGUGGAGGAAUUUAAUGUUUCCAUUGGUCAAUUUGUCAGCAACAUUAAAGGUGAUCGUAACAAGGCCAUGGAUAUUAUUUUGUCCAAUGAAUUGUUGUUGAUGCAACAUCUAAAUUACUACUUAACCAUACACAAUCCAUAUAGACCGGUGGAGGGAUUUUUAAUCGAUAUAAAGACUCGCAGUUCAAUGGUAAAUCCCGAACGUUUACGUCCGCACAUUGACAGCUUUAUUGAGAAGACAUUUUUCACAGAUGCCUGCCUUUUGUAUGCCCCAUCACAAAUAGCUUUGGCUGCUGUUUUACAUGCUGCCGGUCGAGAGCAGGAAAAUCUUGACAGCUAUGUCACGGAUAAUCUUUUAAAUGGUGCACGGGAAAAAUUACCAGCCCUUAUUGAAGCCAUUCGAAAAAUUCGAAUUAUGGUUAAACAGUAUGAAGUACCACUCAGGGAUAGAGUUAAAUUGAUUGAAAAGAAAUUGGAAAAAUGCCGAAAUCAAGAAAAUAAUCCAGACAGUGAAAUUUACAAAGAACGUAUGCGCAAAAUGUAUUGCGAUGAUGAUUUGGACGUUGCCGAGGAUACCUCAUAUUAUAUAGCCGAUUCCAGUGCGGAUAUGUCCGCUUUAAACAUGAGUCAAUAAGAUAUAUUUGUACU